AGUCUUUCACGGGAAGCUGAGGCGAUCGUGUGUGUGUUUGCCAACCAAGAAAUAUUUCUCUCGGAGAUUUUAUUUCGUUGCGAUUUCAAAACUUUUAAUCCUUGAUUUUUUUUUCACUGUGAAAUUUUUUCUGCGGGUGCAAGGAUAAUCUGCGUGAAAAGGAUUCUUGUGGGUUUUUCUAUGCUUUAAAGCUGUGAUCCUUUUUUUUAGUAUAUGCGGGUGUGGUUUUUCUAAUGUUCAAAAGACGAAGGUGAUCCUCAUAAUAUCGAAAGAAAAACCCUUGAAAGGAAGGCAAAAGAAAGAAAAAAAUCUAGAAACAUUCUGCAAGUGAAAAAGGAUAUCCAUUUAAACUUGAGGAAACUCUCGAGGAAUGAAGAACCCACUGUUGUAAUGCAACAGAACUCGAGGGUUGCCCUAGCAUUUGGAAUGUGUCCCAGCGAAAAUAAAAUAAAGACAGAGCUGCGAUCGUGCGCAGCAUGCGGUGAGCCUAUCUCGGACCGAUAUCUCCUGGAAGUCGGUGGCUGUACAUGGCAUGGAUCUUGUCUGAGGUGCUGUGUCUGUUUAUCACCUCUGGAUCGGCAACCGUCGUGUUUCUUGCGAGAGCGACAAGUUUAUUGUAAAGCUGAUUACACAAAGAAUUUCGGGGCAAAGUGUUCAAAGUGCUGCCGCGGGAUUUCCUCAUCAGACUGGGUGAGACGCGCCCGAGAGCUCGUUUUCCACCUCGCCUGUUUCGCCUGUGAUGCCUGUGGCCGGCAACUCUCCACCGGUGAACAAUUUGCCCUCCUGGAUGAUCGGGUACUCUGCAAAGCUCACUACCUUGAGACCAUUGAGGGUGGUACAACGUCCAGUGAUGAUGGCUGCGAUCCCGAUGGUUACCACAAAAGUAAAGCCAAGAGAGUCCGAACAACAUUCACAGAGGAACAGCUGCAAGUCCUGCAGGCUAACUUCCAAAUCGACAGCAAUCCCGAUGGUCAGGAUCUCGAGCGUAUUGCAUCGGUGACUGGGCUGAGUAAGAGGGUGACACAGGUGUGGUUCCAGAAUUCCAGGGCGCGCCAGAAGAAGCACAUUCAUGCUGGAAAGGGGAAAAUGCAAAGAGAAAAUGACGGCAGCACUUUUGGACGUCACAUUAAUCUACAACUAACGUAUUCAUUCCAAAAUAACAAUAAUAAUUCGCAUAAUUCGUUACACAUGAACAACAACAAUAACAAUGUUAGUUCUAAUUGUAAACCAUCGAUUUUCACGCCACACGAUUCAUCAAUGGAUGAAUUAUCACAAGACUCCAGCAUUCACUGCAUGCAGACGGAAGUUUAAAUUAAUCCACCCACUCAAUUCAUGAUGAGAUUUUCCCUCCGAAAUCGUCCCAUGCAGUGCUCCCUCAACAAUAUAGUCAAGAAGAAAUUAAGAAAAAAAAUGCGGAAGCAACUGAAGAGAUUCCUUCUGUGCAAUAGAUCCCGUUUUUUCGCGACCAAGAGCUCCCAAAAACAAAUUAACUGAAAGGAGCCACGUUGCAAAUGUAAAGUGUUAGAGCUAUUUAUUGUAAUAAUUAAAAGACCUAUCAUAUAAAAUUCCCCCCGCAUAUGACCACCCUCACCCCCAUUGUAAACUUCACUAUUUAUUUAUUU